AUGGCAGGGUCUCUGAAAAGAGCAAAUCCCACUCUGGACGAGGACGUCGUUCUAAUUCGUGCAUUUAAGGACAGUAACCUUCCCAAGUUUCUAGCUCAGGACGUUCAUCUUUUUCUUGCUAUUAUUAGCGAGGCGUUUCCUGGAGUGGUCAUCCCAGAACAAGAUUUUGGCGAUCUCCAGGCCUCUAUUGAGAAGUGUCUAGUAGAAGCUGGACUUCAACCAGUACCAGCUUAUGUUAUUAAGGUCAUUCAGCUGUAUGAGACAAUGAAUGUGAGAUUUGGGGUGAUGGCUGUCGGUCCCACAGGUGGAGGCAAAACUUCGUGCUACAAAACACUACAGUUAGCUAUGACCAAGCUCCGGAUUGCGAAGCAUACGAACCAGUCAUUUCAAAUCACUCACUCUUACGUUCUCAAUCCCAAGUGUAUAAAGAUGGGUGAGCUCUAUGGAGAGUACAACCUUAUGACAAACGAGUGGACUGAUGGUCUUGCCAGUACAAUAAUGAGAAUGUGCGUGGCUGAUACAACGAUGGAGAGAAAGUGGGUUGUUUUCGAUGGGCCAGUUGAUGCCAUAUGGAUAGAAAACAUGAACACCGUACUUGACGACAACUGUAUUUUGUGUCUGCCCAACGGAGAACGUAUUAAAUUAAAUCCGACCACAAUGAGAAUGUUGUUUGAAGUGCAGGACCUGGCUGUGGCAUCUCCUGCAACUGUGAGUAGAUGUGGGAUGGUUUACGUCCCGCCUGAAGAGCUUGGAUGGCGUCCAUAUGUCAUGUCGUGGAUGCAGAGAUUGCCCAAAGCUUGGAACGUGACACCUGAAGACAUUCCAGAGCCUGUUACCGAGCUUAUAUGGAAAAAUUUCGAUACGCCUACUCAAGACAGCACGAGGAUGGGCUUUUUGAUGGAAGUAAAUUUGGAGGUAGAUCGAGCAGUGUUGUUUCAGGGCGUCUCUGGAGCAGGAAAGAGUGCUAUUAUUUACGACCUUUUGAAUAGGUUACGUGAAAACAAAAACUGUGUGUCGAUAGUUCUUAACUUCAGUGCUCAGACAACGAGUAUUGCUACCCAGGAAGCUAUUGAAAGUAAACUAGAAAAAAAGCGGAAAACGCGAUAUGGAGCACCGGUCGGGAAAAAAAUUGUUUGCUUUGUUGAUGAUGUUAACAUGCCAGCGAAGGAACGCUAUGGAGCUCAACCUCCCAUUGAGCUUCUCCGGCAGUUCCUUGACUUUAAAGGAUUUUAUGACCGGCUGCAGUUAUUUUGGAAGGACAUUGAGGAUAUGACUUUAGUCUCUGCAUGUGCACCCCCAGGAGGUGGAAGGAACGAAGUUACGCCUAGAUACUUCAGGCACUUUACAAUGUUAUGUGUUCAACCUCCCUCAGAGACUGCUUUACGCACCAUCUUUGGUGCCAUUUUAGGUGGAUUCUUGCAGCUCUUCUCUGCAGAAUGCAAGCAAUAUCAGAAGCCGAUAGUAGAGUGCACAAUCGAAGUUUAUGUCCGAAUGAGCCAAGAACUUCUUCCAACACCCGCGAAGUCCCACUACACUUUCAACCUUCGCGAUGUGUCAAAGGUUUUUCAGGGCAUCCUGAUGGUUAAGCCUGGCGAUUGUAACACAAAAAAAGCUCUUCGUGGCCUGUGGGUGCAUGAGUGCAUGCGAGUGUUUCACGAUCGGCUUAUCAAUGCAGAGGACAGAAGCUAUUUUACACAGAUGCUCCAUGAUCUCAUGAAGAGAAGCCUUGAAGAAAAUGCGACGCACCAAGAAGUUUUUGAGGAUAAGACUUUGAUGUAUGGAGAUUACAUAAGGCCAGGGGUUGCACCUGAGGAUCGUAGAUAUGAGCUGGUUCAAGAUCCACCAAAACUUGGACUCCUUUUCAAGGAUUAUCUGGAGGACUACAAUAUGACCACAACGAACAUCAUGAGGCUAGUAUUUUUUAAGGAUGCCAUUGAGCAUGUCUCCCGCAUUGCUAGGAUACUAAGGCAACCUCGAGGAAACGCUAUGCUUGUGGGUGUUGGAGGUUCUGGGAAGCAGAGCCUUACACGGUUUGCAGCAUUUCUUGCGGAAUUUAAGUGCUUUCAGAUUGAACUUAAAAAGGGAUACAACAUGAAUGAUUUUAGGGAGGAUCUCAAGAAGCUCUAUAAGCUUACAGGUGUCGAAGGCAACUCAGCCGUAUUCUUGUUCACCGACACACAAAUAGUUAAUGAGGGGUUUGUCGAGGAUAUAAACAAUCUGCUUAAUUCUGGAGAGGUUCCUGGAUUAUAUGCUUCGGACGAAAAGGACCGGAUAUCAGCAGAUAUGCGUGAGCAUGUGAGCAAACUGGGACUGCCAGAGACGAAAGACGUCCUAUAUUCUUCUUUUAUAAACCGCACAAGGGAUAACCUUCACGUUGUGCUAUGCAUGAGUCCUAUUGGUGACGCCUUCAGAGCAAGAUGCCGUCAGUUUCCUUCGCUAAUCAAUUGCUGCACCAUCGACUGGUUCAACGAGUGGCCCGAAGAAGCAUUAUUGUCCGUUAGUCAACAUUUUUUGGCUCCUGUUGAUCUGUCUUCAGACGAGAUUAGGGCCAAGGUUGCCAAAAUUUGCGUAGAGAUUCAUAUAUCAGUCUCCAAUGCCGCAGACAAGUUUUACCAGGAGCUUCGCAGAAAGUAUUAUAUUACACCGAAGUCGUAUCUGGAUUGUGUUAAUCUCUACAUACAACUUUUAGCUGACAAGCGGCAAGAAUCAUAUGUAGCUGAAGAUCGAUUCAAUAAUGGCCUAUACAAGCUCAAAGAGACUAAUGAGCUUAUUGAUGGCAUGAAAAUUGAUUUAAAUAAGCUGCAGCCAAUCCUUGCCGAGAAAGCAGAGGCAACCGCAAAGCUACUUGCUCAAGUCGCUCGCGAUCAAGAAAGUGCACAAAAGGUGAAAGAAGUUGUUCAAACAGAAGAAGCUGAUGUCAAGUCUCAAGCAGAGGCAACUCAGCUAAUCAAAGAUGAUGCCCAGAAGGACCUGGAUGCUGCUAUGCCGGCUCUUAACGCAGCUGUUCAAGCACUGAAUUCUCUAAACAAGAAUGACAUAACGGAAAUAAAAUCAUUUACCAAGCCACCACCUUUAGUGCUUCUCACAAUGGAAGGAGUUUGUGUUUUGCUUGGAGAGAAGCCUGAUUGGGACACUUCAAAAAAGGUCAUGAGUGACGUUCAGUUUAUUAAAAGGCUUAUAGAGUAUGACAAAGACGCGAUUACACCUCUAAUACAAAAAAAGCUUGUUAGAUACAUAGAGGAUCCCAAUUUUUUACCGGAAAUUGUGCAAAAACAAAGCGCGGCAGCAACAAGUCUUUGCAUGUGGGUUCGUGCAAUGGAUGUAUACGCCAAAGUCGCAAAAGUGGUCGCUCCAAAAAAAGAGACACUGAGGAAAGCGGAAGAAGCUUUAAAAAUAGCGGCUGAGAAGCUUGCCUCCAAGCAGAAGCAACUCGCGGAUGUGGAAGCACAAGUGGAAGUUCUCAAAAAGAAUCUACAAAACACGGAAGCUGAGCAGAAAGCCCUACAAGAUCAAGCUGCACUCACAGAAAACCGUCUCGUCAGAGCAGGGAAAUUGACUUCCGCUUUGGCAGAUGAAUCGGUGAGGUGGAGGGAAACUGCGGAUGACAUUGCCACGAAGAGAAUCUUGUUUGUUGGAGACGUUUUCAUCUGUGCCGCUUGUAUCUCCUACUAUGGUGCAUUCUCUGGGGUCUACAGAGAGGCCCUUGUAAAUCAGUGGGUGGCAAGGCUACAGGGGGACCAAAUUCCAGUCUCCGAGAUUUGCUCACUCAGAGCGAUAUUGUCAACACCUGUUGAAGUGAGAGAAUGGAGUAUAUGGGGCCUUCCUACAGAUGAUGUGUCCGUUGAUAAUGGAAUUCUGGUUACUCGUGGAAAAAGAUGGCCUCUGAUGAUUGACCCACAGGGACAAGCAAAUAACUGGGUAAAAGCCAUGGAAUCCAAAAAUGGCCUACGCGUUUUGAGACUCAACGAUCCAAAUCUUCUACGAACACUAGAGAGUAGCAUCAGGAUUGGCAACCCGGUUCUUCUAGAGGAUCUUGGUGACACCAUCGAUCCAUCUCUAGAACCGAUUCUUCAGAAGCAGAUAUUUGAGAAGAAAGGAAGGUUCCUCAUAAGGCUUGGGGAUACUGACGUUGACUAUGAUCCUAAUUUUAAAUUGUAUAUGACAACAAAAAUGUCAAAUCCACAUUACAUGCCUGACAUAUGUAUUAAGGUGACGCUAGUGAAUUUUACUGUUACAAUGAAGGGGCUGGAGGAUCAGCUUCUUGGUGAUGUGGUGAGAAAGGAAAGAGCAGAUUUAGAAGAGCAAAAUGACCGUUUAGUGGUGAGUAUAAGUAGUGAUAAGAAGCAGCUGAAAGACUUGGAAGACAAAAUUUUGAAACUUCUCAAAGAGAGUGAGGGAAACAUUCUAGACGAUGAAGUGCUUAUCAACACGCUCAACACCUCGAAAGUAACAUCUGCUGUGAUCCAGAAGCGUGUUAAACAAGCUGAAAUCACAGAGAAAGAAAUCACUGCUGCUCGUGAACUGUACCGUGUGGUUGCAAAGCGAGGUUCCAUACUCUAUUUUGUGAUUUCGGACCUCGCACUGAUUGAUUCGAUGUACCAGUAUUCCCUAUCUUUCUUUUCUCAGCUCUUUAAUCGAUGUAUUGAUAUCAGCGAGAAGGCGGACGAGCUGGACAUCCGCCUGGGUAUCCUAAUCAAGUUCAUCACGGAAUUCCUUUAUGCUAACGUGAGUAGAGGACUUUUUGAGGAACACAAGGUGACGUUUUCUUUUCUCAUCUGCACUUCCAUAUUAAGAUAUGAAGGAGAAAUCAGUCCACCAGAAUGGAGCUUUUUCCUGAGAGGAGCCUCGAGCCUGCCAAAAAUGAAGCCACCAAAUCCAGCUCCAGACAUUCUGAGUGAAAAAAUGUGGAACGAUGUUUGUGCACUAGAAGAUACUUUUAAAGACUAUUUUGCAGGGGUUACAAAGGCAAUGGCUGACCAAAUGUUAGAAUGGAAGGCUUUUCUCAAGGUACCCGAGCCCCACAACACGCCUUUCCCGUCCCAUCUGGACGACAGAAUUCUGCCAUUCCACCGUUUGCUUCUGAUGAAGACACUGAGGGAAGAGAAAGUUGUAUACGCAGUUGAGAACUACAUCAGGCUGAAGCUUGGUCCGUCAUUUAUUGGAAGUAGUCCUUUGCAACUUGAAGAAGUCUUCAAGGAUUCCACCAACACAACUCCAGUCAUAUUCAUUCUGUCUACUGGAGCUGAUCCAACAGGAAUGCUCCAAAGAUUUGCAGAGAAAGUUGACAAAAAGCCAGGAGAACGUCUACAUAUGAUAUCCUUGGGACAAGGGCAGGGUCCGAUUGCGGAGAUGCUUAUGGCAAAAUCAAGAAAAGCAGGAGACUGGGUGUGUUUGCAAAACUGUCAUCUGGCAAGCUCGUGGAUGACCACACUAGAGAGGCUGGUAGAGAAAUUUAUUCCCGAGAGAGAAGAAAUACAUCCAGAAUUUCGGCUGUGGCUGACAUCUCUUCCGAGCAAAUACUUUCCAGUUCCAGUCCUUCAGAACGGCAUCAAGAUCACAAACGAACCUCCCAAAGGAGUCAGAGCAAACCUUCUACAAUCUUAUGCAAAUAUUCCAGAAGAUUAUAUUGAAAACUGUACAAAGAGAGGGCCGUGGAAAAAGCUCGUGUUUUCGAUCGCUUUCUUUCACGCGGUCAUACAAGAGCGAAGGAAGUUUGGGCCUUUGGGCUGGAAUGUUAAAUACGACUUCAACAGCAGCGACCUAGAGUGUGCAAUGCAAACAUUGCAUAUGUUUCUGGAGGAGCAAGAAGAAAUCCCGUGGCCAGCUCUUUUAUAUGUAACAGGCGAAAUCACCUAUGGAGGACGUGUUACUGAUGAUUUGGAUAGAAGAUGCUUAUUGAGCACUCUCAGGCGUUACUAUGACCCCGCUGUUUUAUCUGAUGAAUACGCCUUCACACCAUCGAGGACGUACAUGUCACCACCCGAAGGAAUGUACACCUUCUAUGUAGAAUACAUUAAAAGGCUCCCAGCGACAGAGGGGCCAGAUGUGUUUGGCAUGCAUGAAAAUGCGAAUCUCACAUUUCAAUUGCAAGAAACGUCGAAGGUUUUUAACACAGUUUUAGGCAUUCAGCCGAGGACGACUGCUGUCGCAGCAGGGGGGAAAACACCUGACGAGAUUGUAUCAGAACUUGCAAUGGCCAUAGCAGAAAAGCUUCCAGGACCCUUGAAACUAGACCCAGAGUCCCCAGCGCUUGUCCUUGGACUAGAUGGCCAGCUUACGUCACUGGCCAUUGUUUUAACUCAGGAAUCGGAGCGUUUUAAUAAAUUGCUGAAGGUUAUUACCUUCACACUCUUGGAGCUACAACGGGCCAUCAAAGGUUUAGUUGUUAUGUCUGCGGAGCUUGAGAGCAUGUUCAACAAUUUUCUCAAUAAUCAAGUUCCGGCACUAUGGCAAGCCGUCGCUUAUCCGUCCCUGAAGCCACUGUCAUCAUGGAUUAUCGAUUUUCAUAAGCGCAUGGAGUUUAUGUCAACUUGGAUAAAAGAAGGAACCCCUAAAUGCUUCUGGUUACCAGGCUUCUUCUUCCCUCAGGGCUUUAUGACGGGAGCAUUGCAAACGCAUGCAAGGAAGUAUCAGAUACCAAUCGAUACCCUUAAUUUUGGCUUCAAAGUGAUGACAAUGGAAGAUUUGGAUGAGGUUGACGUUCCUCCAGAGGAUGGGGUGUACAUAAGCGGCUUGUUUUUGGAUGGAGCAAGGUGGGAUAGAAAGCACAGGUGGCUAACGGAGGCAUUGCCAGGAAAAAUGCACUCCAAAUUACCAGUGGUUCAUUUUAUUCCUGUUGUUAACUACAAGCCCCCAGCGGAUGAGUAUCAAUGUCCACUUUAUAAAACACAUGUAAGGGCAGGAGUGCUGACGACCACUGGUGCAUCCUCGAAUUACAUUCUCAACAUAAGCUUAAGAAUAAGCCCAGAAACAAAUCCAGACUACUGGGUGUUGCAAGGAAUUGCAGGCCUGUGCCUAUUGGGAGAUUAG